AUGAACGAACACAAUACAAGAUCGAAUAAAACCAGAUUAUCGGAAUUAUUUUCAAAACUAAAUAAUUUAAUUACAACAGCAGUAAAACCAGCACUAUUUUUAAUGCCAAAUAUAGACGUUAAAUUAAUUGAAAGUCUGGAGGACUUAGACAAAUUUUGUAUAUUGGCAGAAGAACGUUUAAGAAUGGAAUAUCAAUUUUCAGAAGUGACAAAAACGUUAGUAACGAAAUUAGAAAUCGCUUUAAAUGACAAUCAUCAAUUUCAACAAACAAUGUCAAACAGCAAUAGAAAAGAUCAGGAACAGUCAGAAGGUACAAUCAGUGAAGAUCACUCUGUUUAG